AUGCCUACGCUAAAUAGCUUUGAAGAGCAGCAUUUUAGCUUGAUCUCCGUCCUGAGCAUCGGAUAUUCAGUGACGAACUCAGCCAUGGCCAUCUUGGCCUCGCUGUCCAUCGCAAUUGGGAACGGUGGUCCUGUGCUUUGGACCUGGGCUCACAUAGCAAUUGCCAUUAUUUCUCUGUGCAUUGCGGUUACACUUGGAGAGUUUGCUUCCGCUAUGCCGAAUGCUGCAGGGCAGAUGUACUGGGUUUCAGUGCUUGCGCCACGCAGGGUUCGUCGCGGAUGCGCCUAUUUAACUGGUGUUCUCGCCUGGGCUAGCUCUCUUUGCAUUGUUGCAUCUGGCACUUUAAUCACGCCCCAGAUGGUGAUUGGGAUGUAUUCCUUGCAUCGACCCGACUUUGUUUACAAACCGUGGAUGGGCUUCGUGGGAUUCCAGGUGACCAACCUUUUUGUAUUCUUUUUUAAUAUUAUCGAGCGUUUCCUUCCGCGGCUUGGGCAAGGCUCUCUCGCGUUGUCUGUUGUUUCUAUUGCCAUCAUAUUCGUGACAAUGCUGUCCAUGUCGCAGGACAAGCAACCCGCAAGCUUCGUCUUUACGCAGUUCGUGAAUACCUCUGGCUGGGAUGGAACCAUCGCGGCUUUGACAGGCGUUCUUGGAAUCAGUUGGGGAUAUUCUCGCCUCGACGUUUGCACUCACCUCGAGGAGGAGGUUCCCCAACCGGAGCGCAAUAUACCAAAAGCCCUACUGGCAACGGUCUUAGUAGGCUUUGCAACUGCCUUCCCUAUGGUUCUUGCGCUCCUUUUCUCCAUCACGGACAUCACGCCCGUCAUAAGCACCCCCACAUUGGUCCCAUCACUGGAAGUAUUCAGACAGGCGUGCAACUCCAGUACGGCGGCUGCCCUGGGGUUACAAACCCUGGUCGUGGCCGUCUUCCUGGGUUCCAUCUUCGGAGCGCAUACCUGGCAGGCUCGGCUCUGCUGGUCUCUCGCGCGACAGAAGGGACUGCCUGGAUCGAAAUGUCUCAGUCAGAUCGCCCCGCGGCCGUUUUCCGUGCCACUAUGGGCGCAUUUCACUUCCUGUGUCAUUGUCUCGUUGCUGGGGAUCAUCUACCUAGGCUCCUCGGUCGCCUUCAAUGCGUUUGUCAGUUGCGGGAUUUACUUUCAAUAUACAACCUAUAGUAUUUGCGUGAUAUGUCUGUUCCUUCGCGGCCGCUCCAGGUUUGCACAUGGGCCCUUUUGGCUACCCAGAGCUGGGCCUGUUUGCCACGUUGUUACCGUUGCUUGGACCGUGUUCAGCCUUGUUAUGUACUCUUUCCCCCCGACUGCUGCGAUUACUCCGACCACGGUGACUUAUUCCCCGGUUAUUUAUGUGGGUGUGCUUGUGUUGACUGCUGUUCUCUGGGUGUCUUAUGGCAGACGGCAUUUUGUGUGCCCUGUCGAGUCAGAUUGA